AUGAUCGUUCCAGCACUUCUGUUUUCCUUUUGUCUAACGGUUUGGUCUGGUGCAGUGAACUUUUGUAAAGACGCAAAAGACUGCCACACUUGCGCUGAAUCCUUUACACAUGUUCUGGGAUUCCGAGAGCAUUGCAGAUGGUGUGUGGAAGCGAAAUUGUGUGUUGGGCCCUUCUCGUGUCCGCUUGGAAAGCCCGUUGUACAACGUGACCCUUUCCGCUGCCCAGUUAAGGCCAAAGGCAAGAGGUACACGGACGCUCUUGGUCGUUCUUUGUUCGCAUUAAUCCUCGCUCAAAAGAACUCCAACGUCACUUCCUGUCUUCAUAAUCUUAGACCUGAUAUUGGAUUUAUACGUACGUACAGUGUUGAAUGCGAUGCAUCUGGUAACAGCUGUGGUGGUAUGUUAGCUGUUUCAGAAGAGGGUAGAGCAAUUUACCUUAGUUACGGGAACACGGUAUCAAGAAAACAGUUAGUCUCCGAAUUGGUGAAUGGCCUUGGAGCUCAACUUGGAGCGUGGGAGAAGUUUGAAAGCAAAAAAGCUGGUGUGGUCUCUUAUUUCCACAAGGCUUUCUACAAGUACGCGAUUUCUCAAAUAACAUGUUUCGUGCUGUUGAUAAUUUACAACAAUUAA